AUGAAGUUAACCAGCUUAAUAUGCACUCUGGUAGUUUCAAUAAUUUUAUUGUUGUUAGAGGACGCUUCAAUAAAUGCGCAAGGAACAGAAACUUAUAGCGGCGUUGGUAGAUUACCAGCAUUUUAUACCUGGUAUAUUUGCAGCAGGGUUAAAACAAAUUAUAUAGGUUAUGACAUGCAACAGGUGAACACAUCACAAUCGGAGAAUUCAAAUUUUGGCACGGUUGUUCAAGGAAAUCACCCUAUCCAAUAUAAUCAAUUUGGUUUACUCACUUAUGCCACAAAUUACACGGGCAUUCAGCUAUAUAUCGACCAAACUCGACCAGCUUCUUAUUACUUCGCAGACCUAUCAUGUUUUGAUGGUGGACCACAAUCACGUUGCACAAAAUCGAAAGAUCCCCCGUUUAACGGCACUGAUAUAUUAUGUUUAGCCGUAUCCAAUCCUGAGAAUAUUGAGUUGAAAUUCAUUUUAUCAGUUAGUUUCACCUCCGGUACAUCACCCCCGCCUUUGCCUUCAGUUCCAACAACUACAACAACAAAAUCUGAUACUACUACCGCCGGUGCUGGCACAACCACUCCCGAUCCGACUCAACAGCCUACACCUAUUUUGUAUGGAUUGGGUGUUAGUGGCAACGGUAUAGGUUCUUUGUGGGUUUGGGGGUUAUUAUGUCUGGCUAGCACUGUCUUUACCUUCACAUAUUCCUGGGGGCUUUUAUGA